AUCAACCUUGUAUUGAAACUCAAUAUUCAGCUAUAAUAUAUUAAAAAGUUGUUUCAUUAAGCUGUACCUUUGCCUUGCAUUUGCUCCUAGAUGUUCAAUAAAUACUUUGAAGGCUAGCCAUUCGCGAUCUCGUCUUAGUUGAAAGCCAGGAAAGCAUGGAGACACUGAAUUUUGCUGCCGCCAUGCUUUCGGGCUCAAUCGUUGGAGAUAUCACAAUGCAGGAUCAGAUCUUUUCUCGAUAUAUGUCGGUCUGUAUAUCCUUCGCAUUGAUGACCGCAGUCACUGCGAGUGCAUACCUGAUCCAUCAAGACUAUCUUAGAUUCAAGUCACUGGGCCCGGGUGGCACACCGUCGACGUGGUUGGGCUAUCUGAAAAUUAAGUUCCUGGGACUGUUCGCAAUUCACGAUCCGUACAUGCCACCAGCAAUCCCUCCAGAGAUCUAUCUGAAUAGAGUUGCUUAUCUGACUAAGAAAGAAUUGCCCAAACGCAAAGGCAGUCGACCUGUCGUUCGAGGAAUAGCACCCCACCGACAAUUGGACCAGAGACCAUCUAGCCAGAUUUUUGCGAAAUUGAGGAAAGAGAUUGAGGGGAUGGGUGAUCGAUGGCCACGAAGGCUACGCCACGGAACUUCUUGCCUUGAAAAGCAUGGACCAGGUCUCUUCGCUCUCCAACCCAUAAACAAGUCAAGGCAUUGCAGUGGUGAGAUAUGCCAUGCACACCCCAGCGAUGGCUCUAUGCACCUCACACUCCAUCCUGCAGAUGCUGCCAUUGUUGUUCUACGUGGCUGGGGUGAGAGACAUCCGCUGAGCAGCGGAGGAUGGCUUGCACGCUUCGUGCCUCAAGGCUUCGUUAUGGUAUAUGCGCCAAGAACCGAAGAAGAAACGGAAAUUGUGCGCAAAAUCGUUGCAGCGGCAUGUUGGUGGAUCGGUGGGGUCGAUGUGGACGGGAAAUUUGGCGAGGGAUUUCAAGAAGAGCCUCUUUCCGACGCAGAAAUUGAAGAGCAAACAAAGGAGUUCAAGCGGCCAGAGGCAUGCCCAGUGCCCGUGUUCAUACGCGGAUCCACAGGCUAGAUGGAGACUUGAGGAAUGGCUGCGUACAUGGAUCGGCGUCGAAUGGGUUACAGAAUGUCAUACGUACUAAUUUACUGAGAGGGAGACUCAUGUGAAGCGCAAAGACUGAAUCUAAAUUGACUGUCAGA